GAGGGCGUGGCAAAGGCUAACAAGAGCUUUAACCAGCCUCAAGCAGACUGUUUUUUGGGUACUUGUAAGAGUUCAGCUGGGUGGAAUCAUAUGCAAAGAAGUGGAUCCAAUGGCAGCCUUUCCUGAAGGAAAAUCUUCUGAAGAAAGGAAACAUAAGAGCAUCCCAAAUGGUUCUGGGACCUCUCAAGGCCAAUGGGGAAGAGCCUGGGAAGUAGACUGGUUUUCCUUGGCCAGUGUCCUUUUCUUGCUUAUGUUUUCUCCACUCAUCGUAUAUUACUUUAUAAUGUCGUGUGAUCAGUACCACUGCUCUCUGACGGAUCCCAUCAUUGACAUGCUCACAGGGAAUUCCCACCUCUCCGACAUCUGGAACAAAACACCAUCCCUGAGCUGGAAAGCUGCUAACAUCUAUAUUUUUUGGGUCACUUUCCAGGUAGUAUUAUAUAUAUUCGUUCCUGAUUUCUGCCACAAGUUUGUACCUGGAUAUGUAGGAGGAGUACAAGAAGGCUCUCUGACCCCUGCUGGCACAGUAAACAAAUAUGAAAUCAAUGGACUUCAAGCUUGGAUCAUUACCCAUGCUCUCUGGUUCGCAAAUGCUUACUACUUCCACUGGUUCUCACCCACCAUUAUUUUUGACAACUGGAUUCCUCUCCUGUGGUGUGCUAAUAUUCUGGGAUACUCCGUUUCCACAUUUGCAAUGAUUAAAAGCUACUUUUUUCCAAGUAAUGCCAAAGACUGCAAAUUCACCAGCAGCUUAUUUUAUGACUAUAUGAUGGGGAUUGAAUUUAACCCUCGAAUAGGGAAGUGGUUUGAUUUCAAGCUGUUUUUCAAUGGCCGGCCAGGUAUUGUAGCCUGGACUCUAAUUAACUAUUCCUACGCUGCUAAACAACAGGAACUGUAUGGUCAAGUGACCAACUCAAUGAUCCUUGUCAAUGUCCUACAGGGUAUUUAUGUUUUGGACUUCUUCUGGAAUGAAGCUUGGUAUUUGAAAACUAUUGAUAUCUGCCAUGAUCAUUUUGGAUGGUACCUGGGCUGGGGAGACUGUGUUUGGCUGCCUUACCUCUACACUUUGCAGGGUUUAUAUCUGGUUUACCAUCCUGUACAGCUCUCAACAGCUAAUGCUGUUGGGAUCCUGCUGUUGGGGCUGGUUGGCUAUUAUAUCUUCAGGAUGACCAACCACCAAAAAGAUCUCUUCCGUCGCACAGAUGGAAACUGCAAAAUCUGGGGUAAGAAGCCGGAAUACAUUGAAUGCUCCUACACAUCAGUGGAUGGGACAAAAUACUACAGCAAGCUGAUGAUCUCAGGAUUCUGGGGAGUGGCACGUCACUUUAAUUACACUGGUGACCUGAUGGGCUCCCUAGCAUAUUGUCUGACUUGUGGCUUUGGGCACAUCCUGCCUUAUUUCUACAUAAUUUACAUGACCAUUCUGCUGACCCACCGCUGCAUCAGAGAUGAACACCGUUGCUCCAGCAAAUAUGGCAAGGACUGGAAGCGCUAUACUACUGUAGUUCCUUACCGACUAAUACCAGGAGUAUUUUAAGACUAGAGUUCCAGACAAAACAUAUCCCUUUUUGAGGGCAGUGGGUGUUCAUACACUCUUCCUGACACCAGCAAAAAAAACUAUUUCAGUUUUCUAUAGAACAUCUUGUGGGAGAGAAAACAAUCGCUUGAAGAAUGACUCGUCCACUGCUAACAUAACACGUUCCCGGUAGCUAUUCAGAACAUUGUAGCACUGAAAUGGCCAGCUCUAAUAUUUAAUUUUGUUAUGUUUUGUGUGAUCUUUUUCCCCAAAUAAGACAGAAAUUCAAGACGAACUUUUGUUAUAAGCUACCUCCUGAAAUAUUCUUUCCCACAUAGUAUUGCUUUAUAUGAAAAGGAUGAAAGGGAGAGAGAGGAAUAUUGGAAAGAUCCUCAGCUAGUUUAAACAGACAUCAUUGGUAAUAUGUCUAUAGUUAUGCCGAUAUGCAGCAGUGGAGGAUGUAGCCCAGAGUCAUCAAAUGUUCCCAUUUUAAUCUGGCAUAGUUCGCUUGCCAUAUGAAUUGGGUUCUAAACAAAUAUUUGAUAAUGGGAAACAGGUUUUUCCACUGAACGUGAGGGACUUGAAUCUUUAUCACUUGUGACCAAAAUCAGAUUUGUAAGAGGACACAACCAUGGAGGCUAAAGCCCUGGUUUCUGGAUAAAAAGGCAGGGUGGGGCGGGGGUAGCAAAGCUAUUGAAUACAUUUCUUAAAAGAAUGCAGAUGUUACUUUUCCUACAUUCUCUCCCACCUCUCUAAGCAUCCCUCCUUCACUGGCUUACCACUUAUUGUUCAUGUAAUAUAGCCUACUAUAGAGCUGUCCAUAGAGUGGAUACAACCCUUGUCCUGAAUAGUAUGUAUCCUAAAAAAGGUAAGAAAGAUACAGUAUGCCAGCAAAAGAGAUGAAGCUGAUAAGCAUAUGUCUUGUCAGAUAAAACUGUGGUGUGUAUGUGUGUAUCUUUAACAUUAUGUUCUUCACACACAUGAACUAUUAAUUAACUCAUACAAGAAAUAAACAAAUACAUUACUGGGUCAACUGGGUUCUUGUAGGUUUCAUAAAAGGAACUGAUCUCGGUGAGGAAUUGCAGUAAGGAGACUAUUUGCUGUCUGGUGUAGAGAAGAGACUGCAAUAGCAUUACAAACAUAAUAAACAUUAGUAUUGUGAAAUA